CUAAAAUAUAAAUUUAUUUAUUGUUUAUUUGAUAAAGAAAAUAAUAAAGUAAAAAUGCCAGAUCAUUUAGGAGACGAUAUGAGAAAAGUUAAAGAUGACAAAGAAGAACCAGAAAAGGAGAUUAAAUCACUUGAUGAAGGAGAUAUUGCGCUAUUAAAAUCAUAUGGUCAAGGACAAUAUACUAAGAUUAUCAAGGAAGUUGAAGAUGGUAUUCAAACAGUAAUGAAGAGGGUCAAUGAACUAACAGGCAUAAAAGAAUCUGACACAGGACUGGCACCACCAGCAUUAUGGGAUUUGGCUGCUGAUAAACAAACAUUACAGAAUGAACAACCUUUACAGGUGGCGAGAUGCACAAAAAUCAUCAAUGCAGAUUCCAAUGAUCCAAAGUAUAUAAUAAAUGUAAAACAGUUUGCUAAAUUUGUGGUUGAUCUGGCGGACUCAGUGGCUCCUACUGAUAUUGAAGAGGGUAUGAGAGUAGGAGUUGACCGCAACAAAUACCAGAUCCACAUUCCGCUACCUCCUAAGAUAGAUCCGACAGUCACCAUGAUGCAGGUGGAGGAGAAACCGGAUGUGACAUACAGUGAUGUUGGUGGCUGUAAGGAACAAAUUGAGAAGCUGCGGGAAGUUGUUGAAACACCAUUGUUGCAUCCUGAGAAGUUUGUCAAGUUGGGUAUUGAACCGCCUAAAGGUGUGUUGCUAUUUGGACCUCCUGGCACGGGUAAGACGCUGUGCGCUCGAGCUGUCGCCAACCGGACUGACGCCUGCUUCAUCAGGGUUAUUGGUUCCGAGUUGGUACAGAAGUACGUAGGCGAAGGUGCCCGUAUGGUGCGCGAGUUGUUCGAAAUGGCGCGCAGCAAGAAGGCCUGUCUUAUCUUCUUUGAUGAAAUCGAUGCUAUCGGAGGUGCUAGGUUUGAUGACGGCGCUGGUGGUGAUAACGAAGUGCAGAGAACUAUGUUGGAACUCAUCAACCAGUUGGACGGUUUCGACCCUCGCGGUAAUAUCAAGGUACUGAUGGCAACGAACCGUCCUGACACUCUGGACCCGGCGCUGAUGCGGCCAGGACGUCUUGACCGUAAGGUGGAGUUCGGUCUGCCGGACUUGGAGGGCCGCGCGCACAUCUUUCGCAUCCACGCCCGCUCUAUGAGCGUUGAACGUGAUAUACGCUUUGACCUUCUCGCUAGACUCUGUCCUAACUCAACGGGGGCUGAGAUCAGGUCUGUGUGUACGGAGGCGGGUAUGUUCGCGAUCCGCGCGCGCCGCAAGGUCGCCACUGAGAAGGACUUCCUCGAGGCAGUCAACAAGGUCAUCAAGUCCUACGCCAAGUUCUCAGCCACGCCGCGCUACAUGACCUACAAUUAAAAAAUAAUAUAACCUCUUUUAUUCUUUUGUCGACUCUGUAUCGUCUUUGAUCUAUGUCUUAGACAAAGUUGGAAGAAUUUUGAGGUUAAAAUUAUCAUACAUUUUAACAUCAAUGUUUAAAU